AUGAUAGUGAUGGGGCAGAUACAUAGAUACAAGAGCUGUGUCGAGAAAGAAAGGAAGGGUUUGUUGGAGCUCAAGACAUACUUGCUGCUCUCAUCGGUCAAGGAAGACUACACUUUUGAUACUUGGAGUAAUGACACAGUGAGUGAUUGUUGCAGGUGGGAGAGAGUUAAGUGUAAUCGUACAACUAGACGGGUUAUUGGCCUUGCUCUCCAUGAACUUCCUUUAAUAGGUUUUCCUCUUCAUAUAAAUCUUUCCUUGCUGUAUCCCUUUGAAGACCUUCGAACUCUGAACUUAUCUAAGAGCUGGUUCGGAGGAUUCAAUGCCUCUUUCGCUGAAGGUUAUCAAAGUCUAAGAAGAUUAAGAAACCUAAAGAUACUGGUUCUCUCUUUAAAUCAAUUUGAUAAUAGAAUCUUACCUUUCCUCAGCUCUGCAAAAUCACUUACAGACUUGUUUCUUCGUGGUAACAACAUGGAUGGUCCCAUUCCUGCUAAAGAACUUAAAUAUCUGACAAACUUGGAACUGCUGGACCUGAGUAGAAAUAGAUUUGACAACUCCACACCUGUACAAGGUCUAGCUGACCUGAGAAAGUUGAAAGCUCUGGAUCUAAGUCGUAACGAAUUUACAGGCUGGGAGCAAUUGCAAGAGAUUUGCGAGUUGAAAAAUUUGCAAGAGCUCGUCCUCAGCCAUAACCAGCUCAUAGGUGAGUUUCCAUUAUGCUUAACCAGGUUGACUGAACUCCGAGUUCUUGAUCUCUCAUCAAACAAAAUGACUGGGAAGGUGCCCUCUGCUAUUGGUAGCAUUGAAUCCCUUGAGUACUUAUCACUGUUUGAUAACGACUUCCGUGGUUUCUUCUCGUUGGGUUCACUUGCCAACCUCUCAAAGCUUAAGGUACUCAAGCUUUCUUCAAUAUCCAACUCACUCCAAGUGGACUCAGAAAGCACUCGGAAGCUAGAAUUUCAGUUACAUGUUAUUGCACUUCGGUCUUGUAGCUUGGGAAAGCUUCCUGACUUUCUCCUACAUCAAAAAGAGUUACGUCUGGUUGAUCUCUCUGACAACAGACUUCAUGGCAUAUUCCCUUCUUGGCUAAUGGAGAACAAUACAAACCUCGAAGUUUUGCUUCUACAGAAUAACUUGUUUACGAACUUUCAGCUACCCAAAUCUGCUCAUAGACUCCUUUUGCUGGAUGCUUCAGCUAAUGACUUCAGUCAACUCUUUCCGGAUAAUAUUGGGUGGAUACUUCCAAAUCUACGGCACCUUAACCUGUCAAAGAAUAGUUUACAAGGGAAUCUGCCAUCUUCUUUAGGCAACAUGAAAAAGAUCUACUUUCUGGAUCUCUCUCACAAUGAUCUCGACGGAAAGCUACGAAGGAGUUUAACAAUGGGGUGUUAUUCUUUGAUGUUUCUUAAGCUUUCUCACAACAAACUCAGCGGCAACAUUUUUCCAGAGCCAACAAAUUUGACUUCCUUGCAGGUAUUGUCUCUGGAUAAUAACCAGUUUGUAGGGAGGAUUGGAGAUGGUUUGCUGAACUCGAGCUACAUGUAUGCACUUGACAUGUCGAACAAUUAUCUCACAGAUAUUAUCCCAAGCUGGAUUGGCAACUUAUCUUACUUGUCUAUGCUCUUGAUCUCAAACAAUUACCUAGAAGGUCAAAUACCUGUUUCUUUGUUUGACGUAUACAACCUUGUGUUGUUGGACCUCUCUGCAAACAGAUUAUCUGGUAACCUACCUCACCGCUUCCACUCUGAUACAAGGAUGCUGUUCCUGCAGGAUAACAAUUUCUCAGGGACUAUCCCAGACACAGUACUGGGAGGAAAAGUCUCCAUACUUGAUCUUAGAAACAACGGAUUGUCUGGUAAUAUCCCCAAGUUCGUCAGCAACUUAAAGAUCUAUAUUCUUCUUCUGCGAGGGAAUAACUUAACAGGCUCUAUUCCUUUCCAGAUGUGUGGCUUAAGCAACAUCCAACUUUUGGAUCUUUCUAACAACAGACUGAAUGGAUCUAUACCUUCAUGUUUUAGCAAUAUAUCAUUUAGUUUCCCUACUCUACAACACGAUGGUCAAGAGGGUUAUGAUGCUGGAGUAAUCUUCGUGUCUAGUGAGAUCUUUGGUGGGAUGGGUCUAGACGAGGAAUUCUUUACCACGGAAGAUUUAGGCAGGUAUUAUAGAUCUAAGCUUAUGUUAGAUCCUUUUACUGUAGAGUACAUGGCAGACAAUGUGAUGGAAGUUCAGUUUGCAGCAAAGAGAAGAUAUGAUUCCUACAUAGGUGUAACUCUUGGAUUUAUGUUUGGACUUGAUCUCUCUGAGAAUGAGCUAAGUGGUGAGAUCCCAGCAGAACUUGGAGAUCUUGUUGAUAUAAGAGCACUGAAUCUUUCUCACAAUCAUUUAUCAGGUGUCAUCCCACAAAAUUUCUCCAGUAUGGAGGAUUUAGAAAGCCUUGAUCUAUCCUUCAACGUCUUACACGGUCAGAUCCCUAGUCAGCUAACAAAGCUAAGCAGUCUUGCUGUCUUUAAUGUCUCUUAUAACAACUUAUCAUGUAUCAUUCCAGUGAAAGGGCAAUUUAGCACCUUUGAUGAAACCAGCUAUAUUGGUAAUCCUCUUCUCUGUGGACAACCCUCGAACAGAAGUUGUGAUAAUGACACUUUGAAAGAAACCCCAGCGAAUGUUGGAGAAGAGGAAGAAGAUGUGAUUGACAUUGUAUCUUUCUAUUGGAGCAUUUUUGCAGCCUAUGUGACAAUACUGCUAGGUAUACUUGCUUCACUCUCUUUUGAUUCUUCGUGGAGCCGUGCUUGGUUUUCUGUUGUUGAUGCUUUCAUCCAUAAGGUGAAAAGUUUGACAUCCUAGACUGUUGUCAGGUACUAAACCAUGUCAAUGUUUCUUCUCUUUUCUCUUUCUUUUAUAAUAAGAUGCGAUAUGAAAUGUUUUCUGGCUUGUAACUCACGUAUUGUAGCUCCCCAUGAGAGCAUAACUUGUAUUCUGUUCCUGUGUUAUACUUACUGUCUGUUCCUCUGAGUUUUGAAGAACUGUAAUGUCUCAAAACUUGUUUUAAUGCAUGA